GGGAGAUGGGCUGCACCAGACCAGUCCUGGACAAAGAUGGCCCAGCUCACUUUGCUGACCGGUCUGGUCCUCCUGCUGAACGCCCAGAUAGGCACUGCCUACGUGCUGACAUGUUACUUCACCAACUGGGCCCAGUACAGGCCUGGCCUGGGAAAGUACAUGCCUGAAAACAUCGACCCCUUCCUGUGCAACCACCUGAUCUACGCCUUUGCUAACAUGAACAACAACGAGAUCACAACUUACGAAUGGAACGACGAGACCCUCUACAAAUCCUUCAAUGGCCUGAAGAACCAGAACAGAAAUCUGAAGACCCUUCUGGCAAUUGGAGGAUGGAAUUUUGGGACAGCCAAGUUCUCCACAAUGGUUUCCACUCCUCAGAACCGCCAGACCUUCAUCAAUUCUGUUAUCAGAUUCCUGCGCAAGCAUAACUUUGAUGGUCUGGACCUUGACUGGGAAUACCCUGGGUCCAGGGGCAGCCCAGCCCAGGACAAGACACUCUUCACUGUCCUGGUUAAGGAAAUGGUGGCAGCCUUUGAGCAGGAAGCCAGACAGUCCAACAGGCCCCGGCUCAUGGUCACCGCUGCUGUUGCUGCAGGACUUUCCACCAUUCAGGCUGGCUACGAGAUUGCUGAGCUUGGAAAGUACUUGGACUACAUCCAUGUGAUGACUUACGACUUCCAUAGCGCCGGGGAAGGACGCACUGGGGAGAACAGCCCUCUGCACAGUGCUGCUAACCCCCAACUCAGUGUUGAAUAUGCUAUGAAAUAUUGGAGGGACAAUGGUGCUCCAGCUAAGAAGCUCCUUGUUGGAUUCCCAACCUAUGGACGUACCUUCAACCUCCAAAAUCCAUCCAACACUGCUGUGGGGGCACCAGCAACAGGACCUGGGCCAGCUGGAACUUACACACAGGAGGCUGGAUUGUUGGCUUACUAUGAGAUCUGCUCAUUCCUGAACUCUGGAGCCACCCAGGCUUGGGAUGCCCCCGAGGAUGUCCCCUAUGCCUACAAGGGCAGCGAAUGGGUUGGCUAUGACAACGUCAAGAGCUUCAACCUCAAGGUUGACUGGCUGAAGAAGAACAACUUUGGAGGUGCCAUGGUUUGGACCCUUGAUUUGGAUGACUUCACUGGCACUUUCUGCAAUCAGGGCAAAUAUCCCCUGAUCAGCACCCUGAAGAAGGGUCUUGGCCAGUGAAGCAGGGGCUGAAAGAUCUAUUAACAGUCCAGGCCAUGACAGUCUUGUUCACAAUACCAGCUGCUCCUGAUACAACUUGCCAAGAAGACACCAAUCCUAGUUCAGCAAACACAUUACUCUGAUCCUCUUGCCUGGAAUAAUAAUGAUUAAAUAAAGUGUUCCACAAAAGCAACAA